UCCCGUCCAGCAGAUCGCCGCGCCCGCCCGUCGCAUCCGCUCGCGGUGCCAUGCCAUUCCUCGGGCAGGACUGGCGGUCCCCGGGGCAGAGCUGGGUGAAGACGGCCGACGGCUGGAAGCGCUUCCUGGACGAGAAGGGCGGCAGCUUCGUGAGCGACCUCAGCAGCUACCGCAACAAGGAAGUAUACAAUAAGGAAAACCUUUUCAGCAACCUCAACUAUGACGUUGCAGCCAAGAAGAGAAAGAAGGACAUGAUGAACAGCAAAACCAAAACUCAGUAUUUCCACCAAGAAAAAUGGAUCUACGUUCACAAAGGAAGUACUAAAGAGCGCCAUGGCUAUUGCACUCUGGGGGAAGCUUUCAACAGACUGGACUUCUCAACUGCCAUUCUGGACUCCAGAAGGUUUAACUACGUAGUACGGCUGUUGGAACUGAUAGCAAAGUCCCAGCUCACCUCCCUGAGUGGCAUAGCCCAAAAGAACUUCAUGAACAUUUUGGAAAAAGUGGUACUGAAAGUCCUUGAAGACCAGCAAAACAUUAGGCUAAUAAGGGAACUUCUGCAGACUCUCUACACAUCCUUAUGUACACUGGUCCAAAGAGUCGGCAAGUCUGUGCUGGUCGGGAACAUUAACAUGUGGGUGUAUCGAAUGGAGACGAUUCUACACUGGCAGCAGCAGCUGAACAGCAUCCAAAUUACCAGGCCUGCCUUCAAAGGGCUCACCUUCACCGACCUGCCCCUGUGCUUGCAACUGAACAUCAUGCAGAGGCUGAGCGACGGCCGAGACCUGGUGAGCCUGGGCCAGGCGGCCCCCGACCUGCACGUGCUCAGCGAGGACCGGCUGCUGUGGAAGAGGCUGUGCCAGUACCACUUCUCAGAACGGCAGAUCCGCAAGCGAUUAAUUGUAUCAGACAAAGGACAGCUGGAUUGGAAGAAAAUGUACUUUAAACUUGUGCGAUGUUACCCACGGAAAGAGCAGUACGGAGAUACCCUUCAGCUCUGCAGACACUGUCACAUCCUCUCCUGGAAGGGCACUGACCACCCAUGCACAGCCAACAACCCAGAGAGCUGCUCCGUCUCGCUUUCGCCCCAGGACUUUAUCAACUUGUUCAAGUUCUGAAUUCCAGCACCUGACGACACUCCACAAGGGUGCCCCGGCUGAUUGGAUGUUUGGGAAUACAGAAUUUGGACAUUUCUUUUGUAAAUAGUGUACAUUUUAAACAUUGGCUUGAAACGUCCAACAUAAGUCAUGGAGAGGACAUUGGAGGAGAGGCGUUGCUGGCUGGGAAGUUAAGAGUAUGGACUUCUCGUUAGAAUCGAUAAUGGAAAAGUAGAAAUACUGUAAAUAAACUUUUUUUCCUAAUGAUUUUCCAGCAAGACUCAAGGCAGGAAUUGUAUUUCAUUGGUAAAAAUGGAAUUCUCUUGCUGGUCAUUGACACUCCCUUACAGUUCCCUGGAGAUGUGGAAGAAAAGAGCAGAACUCAAAUACAAGACCGAACAAUGCUUUGUUUACAAUGUGAAGAAAGAAAGAAAGAAGGAGAAGAAGCCCUGCAGAUGAGAACUCCCUGGGCUUUCGGUUUUGAUUUGAGGGUUUGUUUUGAGCAAAGGAAGCAUCACGAUCUUAAACCACACGGGCACGGGGCUCAUUUGCUGAAGACGUCACACAGAGUCUACCUCGGAAAGCAUCCAAAGCUCCCUCUGAUAAAGUGCACUGGCCAGUAGGCAGUGUCUGUUCUUCUUGUUUUUUCAUCCUAUAAAAAGUGAUUUAAAAUGGGAAAGGGUAUCGGAGGCGAUUCUUGCCGUGUUUCUGACUUCCUUUUUAGGUGCACUCCCUCGCUGGAGUUGUCUCUUGGAGAUCAUCCCCAAAACACACCUGCCCAUUUUCCUUGCGUGUUUUAGCUCAUUGGGAACUGCAGUCGGGGAGGGAGAAUUCCUGCCACAGAAAAGACAGGCUUGGUCACCCCAUAACUGUGAAGACUUUCUUAUUCCUGCUUAACUUCUUGGCUUGUCUGGGUUUCUUUUGGUAUCUUCACGGAUAAGCGUAUCUCUGUGGCCUGGUCAGAGCCAGAAUGCUGAUAAAGCUCAUAAGACAGGUUUUAUACUGAGUUAAACGUUUUGCCAGCCGCUGUUCCUCUUGGCUGGUGAUAAGCUGAAGCUUUCUUUUCUUGGUGUCCCACAUCAAAAUUGAGUCAACCUGCACUAGGCUUCUUGCAAGGUUGACAAAACAACGUCUGGAGUUGCGGCCAAGUAGGGAACAGACGAGCUGUGAGUCCAUCCUAAACUGACUUCACUCCAGGGGAUCUUGCUAGGCGUAGAUCUGCAGGUACUUGUGUGGAGGAAAGGAAAUCUCAGGACUGAAUGGGUUCCUGGCCAAAUAUUCCUGGGAGGGAUGGGGACUAUUUGUUUUUUACUUUUUAUAGAACUUUGCUUUCCUACAAUGUACAUAUCUUUGCAGUUUAUUUGCUUUGUGCUUUUUUUAUUUUUUGCACUUAACUUUGCCAUCCUGCAUGGCUUUGGCACAAAAAAAAAAAAAGUGAAACCAA